UUUUUGUAAUUUCAUUUUUAUAGACAAAGACUUUUUAUUAAAUUUAUUAAUCAAACAACCCGCUCAUUUUCAUUGCGUGUAUUGUUUGAUUAUGGUCGAAACACGACCCAUCUCUCCUAUUCUGUAACCGCAAAAACUCUCCAAAAUGCAACUGUCAAUAACCAUGUGCCCAUAGCCUGCAAUCAGAUUGAUUAAUCCAUCCAACCCACACACACACACACACACACAGUCGCCCACACAAGCUAACCCUUUUUGCUGGCAUGCGGAAGCGGAACCGUUCUAGAGAAAAUAUUUCCGUAAUUGACUUCCCUCUUUCUCUUACUCUCUUUCUAUCUCUCUGUUUCCCUUUUACCUUCAGCAAAUCCAUAGAACCCCUAACCUAACUGUUCCGAUUCCGGUCCCGGUCCGGCAAGCAGCGGUGCGAUUUUGUUUAGUUUCCUAUUUUCGACUCAAGUGCAUCAUCGUACCCGCCGCCAGCCCUGCGGAGGAACCCUUUUUGGCAAAUGCGGGGCAAUUGACAUUGCUGUUGGUACCUGCGUGUGUGACUGUGUGUGUGUCUGUGUGUGUGUUGGUGCAUUGGUGUGAAGCUGAUGAAUCCAUUUUCCACCAGAAGGGGGGGCCCCUGCUGGACGGUAAACAAAGCACGCGGUUGCUAUGUUUGAAUAGUAGAAGACGCAGAAGAAACGAGAUGUCAAAAGGGAUGUCAUCGUGGAAGCAGUAGAGCAAGAGAGAUGGCAAAGCCGUUGAGCAAGCGAGAAGGCAGCAGCACACAAACACGGAAAACGUUGAUCGUGCGGAUAGCAGAAUGGCGAACCAUUUUACUUACCCGGCUUUCGCCGGUCCCUUUUCCGGGAUUGGUCGAGAGUAAAAGGGUGCCGAAAGGGAGAACGAACCCGACGGUCAGCAGUGGAGUGGCACAGAUGGGUAGGGGACUGUCUCUUUCUGGAAAGGGUUUCACACGAGUGCAAUUUUGGCAAAGCCUGCUAGGCGAAACGGGAAGGGAAAGCGGAAUAAAGAAUUGCCCACAGGCAGCCGAUUUAAAUACGAAAAGGAUGAGGUGUCGGACGCACACGGCACAAUGGUGGAAGGUGGGCGAAACGGGGAUGGGAAUGGGAAGGGGCAGAGGGCUGGUGUGUAGGUGGACGGCCCUACGCUCGGUAUAAAAGCAAACCGGUGGUCAAGUUCGGAGGUCAGUUCUAUUCAGAUUUCGAGCGGCGAAAGAACUUCUUGCUUGUGACAUUGGGACGCAAGCGUCAAAGAGCGUCAACGGUGAAUCGUUUGGUGUGUGCGGAAGCAUUUGUCGAAAGCAUUUGUGUGAACUCGUUCUGUGUGGUGUUUUGGAGCGAAGUGAAACCAAUCGAACGCUGGUUUGCGAAAAUGAUGGCUCAAUUUAUGAUGGACUUAAAAACAGGUAAGGUGGCCAUAGCAUCCUUGUGCAUCCUCUGCUUAAGAUUUUCCGACCCAGUUGAAUGUGUAUUAACCAUGUGUUCUUCUCCCAAUUCUAGAACCGCGCCUCAGCCCCUCGCUCUACUCGCCCGCAUCGCCCAAAAUGGCCGACUCGAACGGGCGGCCCCAGUCGACCGAUUCCGGCGUGCUGGACCUGUCCAAGCGGCGCGACUCGCUGGACGCUACCCGCAAAACGCCCUCGCCCGCUUACCACUGCUUCAGCGAGGUGGCCGGUACGCCGCCUCCAAGCAACCACAGCUCCCCGCAGCAGUGCGAAGUGACCGAUUCGAACAACCCGGAAAGCACACUGCUGCUCAACUACAGCGAACUGGUGCGAGCUCGUCGCCUGUCGCCCACCAAAUCACUGCUCCAGUUCGAUGAGCUUGCACACCACCACACACCGAGCGCGCAGCUCCCCCCGGCAGUCCAGCAAGCGUUCCAUCGGCACGGAUUGGGCCUGUCCAAACCGGAAACGGACAUUCUUCAGCAGCAUCUUCUGCAGCAGGUUCACCGAGCUGGACCUAUUCCGGCGUACCUGCUGCCUGCCUCUGCGCUUCAUCAUCACCAUCACCAGCAGCAGCAGCAGCAACAACAACAACAGCAACACCAGCAGAACUCUCCGGCACCCUUCUCUCCCAGCCCGAUCCGUCUGCGCGAACUGGACGCACUGUCCGAGUCCGGUUCGGAGGGCACGUCCCUUGUCAGCUCGAGCCAGCGCAAGCCGAAGGACCUGGAAGACGGUACCGUGCCGAAGGACGGCCAGCAGCAGCAACAGCAUCAGCAGUACCCGAUGGUGGUCGGCCGGGACGGUAAGCUGUCCCGCCCGUUCAAGGCGUACCCGCGCGAUCCGCUCAGCCUGGCGGCCGGGUUCGUUGCCAGCGACGCCAUCCUCGAUACGAACUCCGCCGAAAAGUACAACCUGUUCCGGAAGCGCAUGCUGGAGCAGAUACACGCCGCCAACGGGGGCCAGCCGACCGUGUCCAAUCCGAAGAUGCGCCGGCUAGCCAACGCGUCCUCCUGCAAAUCGUCCUCCUCCAAUGCACCGUCGGCCGCGAUGAGCGACGCAUCGUCCGAAUCGUGCGAUGAAAAACCGCCAUCGGUCGAACACGUGGGCUCGAAUCGCGCGCUGCUACAGCAGCACCACCGUAGUAUGAUGGCGGGCAGUGAAAUGGCGCAACAUGUCGCAACCACCAAUCAGCGCCUGAUGACGACGCCAUCGUGCAAGGAUGCUGCUGCUGCUGCUGCUGCUGCGGCGUGUGACGUCAUUGGUUCGUCGGAUGCGUCGGGGGCGGAGUCAAGCGCAACGAUCGCAGCGGCACCAAGCAAUGGCAGCAGUGGCAACACCAGCAGCACAUCGGUGAAAGAUUCGGCCUACUACGAACGGCGCAAGAAGAACAAUGCGGCCGCGAAAAAGUCGCGCGACCGACGGCGCAUCAAGGAGGAUGAAAUAGCGAUCCGGGCCGCGUUUCUCGAGCGGGAAAACAUUGAGCUAAAGUUUGAGCUGGCGGCCGCCCGGAAGCAGCUCGCACUGUACGGCGUGACGACGUCGGUUGCCGCUUCGUAGGACAUUGGCCAGUUGGGUGUGUAAAUAGAGGGCACAGUUGAAUUAAUAACUAUUGUACAGUGAAGUGCUGAAAGCGGUUAGAGGAUGCAUUCGCUUGACGCGAUCGUCCGAUGCACGCAUUCAGCGCGUUAGAAUAAGGGUGGUAACAAAGUAGGCGGAAGUGUUUUUGGGGAUUUUCUCACCUCGACUCUUCGAUGACUGAUACCUGCAAGCAGUAUUCACUAGUUAAGGCACAUUUAGCUUGUAAGAACCGCAAAACUGAAAAUAGAAAAACCAUUCGUCAGAAAAUGUUUUGUUUAAAUUUAUUCCACA